GCCAAAAGCAGUCGGUUUGGAAGCAAAACCAGACCCGAGAAAACCAGGGUAUGGUUCCUGAAAUAAAUGCCACGUAAGCAUCCCAUUAUUGUGUCCACAAAUAAAUUCCACGCGCCCUGGAACCGUCCGACGAUUUGCCUCUUAGGGCUUCCCACUCGUCCCUCGCUCCCUCCCCACCCCAACCCUCCUCACCGCCGUAGGCUUCGGUCGCGAGAUUUCCUCACUCUCAGAAGUCAAUAUUCCCGGGAGUCCCCUUCCUUAUUCACCCUCUCCAUCUCCAGAAUCCCACCUCACACUGCCGUGGGAUGAAACGACCCACUCCCAUCCGCGGCCCUCCCCAUCUAUCCUCUCCGGAAAGAAAAAUUCAAUAGAAAAAAAGAAAAGGAAAAAAUAGCUAUCUAAAUCCAGACUACUGGAGAAUGGAUCACGCGAAGAAUCACAGUCAACAUCUGGGCGUGAACAAGAUCGGCAAGAACAUCCGCAAGAGCCCCCUCCACCAGCCCAGUUUCGCCGCGACCGCAAAGCCGCCGCCGCCGCCGCCGCAGCAGCAGCAGCAGCCGCCGCCCCCUCCGCAGCCGCAGGUGUACAACAUCAGCAAGAAAGACUUCCGCAGCAUCGUCCAGCAGCUCACCGGCACCCCCUCCCGCGACCCCCUCGCCGGCGAUAACCCCGCUCCCCCCUUCAACCCUCCCCCUCCCCCCCGCCCCCACUACCCCAAGCACCCCAGCACGCGUCUCCAGAGGAUCCGCCCCCCUCCCCUCACCCCCAUCGCCCGCCCUCCUCCUCCUCCCCAUCUCGCACCACCCCGGAUUCCCUACCAGAACCCCCAAUCCAACCCCAUCCCACUUCCCAAUUCCAAUCCCAAUAACCCCCCAGCCUUCUUCCCCCGCCCCAUCCCCUCCCCGAGCGGCGCCGGCCCCGCCUGGGCCGAGUCCCCGGUCACCGCCUACAUGCGCUACCUCGAGAGCUCCCUCCUCGGCUCCGACACCUCCCGGCGGCACCAGCACCAGCACCAGCCUCCCCCCUUCCCAUCCCCUGGCCUCCUCCCUUCCCCGCCGUUCCCCGCCUUCCCAUCCCCGAGAGCCCACGCCCUGCCCCCUGCUGCCCCGCCGCCCCUGCUGCCGUCGCCGGGCUCGCAGUUCGUCGUGCCGUCGCCGACCGCUUUCCUGAACAUGAUGUCGCCCAAGUCGCCCUACCCGCUGCUGUCCCCCGGGUUCCAGUACCCUCCGCCGCUGACCCCCAACUUCGCCUUCUCGCCCUUGGGCCAGUCGGGGAUAUUGGGGCCCGGGCCGCAGCCACCGCCAUCUCCAGGGCUCUUUUUCCCGCAGUCGCCCUCGGGGUUCCUCCCCAUCCCGAGCCCGAGAUGGAGGGACAUGUAGCAGCUGACAGACUUCUCUCCUCCCUUUGUUACGAUAGCAAGACUUCCCCCUGUAUCCAAUCGUGGAUAGUGUAACAAUACAAGUAUCUUAUGCUUUGACCAAAAUCUCAAGGAAAAAAUCAUGAAACAAUGAUAGAAGUUAACUAUUUGUUUUAGAAAUCUGGUGUUCAUUUCUCUCUCUCUCUCUCUGGAGUAGGCUGGUCUUCUGGGUGUUCAGUUCCAUGGAGGUACAGUGGGAAUCGAGGGCUUUUCUUGAAAUAGACUGCAGCUGCUUGAUGUCUUUUUAUAUCCAGUUGGAAGGCCGUUCAUGCGAAAAGACACAGUUUUUAUACAUUAGGAGGGCCUGUUCUUUUCUUAUUAUGAUGGUUUCAUAAUAAGAAGACACUCUUAAGACUUUUGUGCAGAUGGGUUGCUCAUGGUAGGUCCCUGUAGGUGGAGAUGCGACAGGUUGUGAUACUUCAAUAUUUGCUUAAAUUGCCAGUCUUUUCCUCAAGUCGUUUAUAAAUAAAUAGGUAGUUAAUAAUGCGAGUCUGUAUAACAUAGAAGGGAGUCAUUUUGCGCUGUUUACAAUGGAAGAAAAGAAGCGUUAUGUUAAUUAGUGGAGUUCCUGAAAAUCAUUUUACAUAAUAAAAGUAAGGUCAUGUUUGCUAACAAGCAGAAGAAAGCUAAACAUGCUAAACUAGCACAGCUGCAUGCCAAUAUGAACUUUUAGGAACUAGAAGACAUAAAAUAAGGAUUUGACUUUCAAUUAUUUGGAAUAUAUGAAUAUAUUCUAAAUUUCUAAUUGAAAUUUGAGAUGGUUGAGUUUUUUUUUUUUUUUUUUGAGCACUGGGUAAUAGAUGUGGAAGAAAAGACCAUUAAGCUUGCUAGUUGCGGUUAUUAAUUAGUUUUCAAUAUUUGCAAAGAAUAAUGGAAGAUAUGAUUAAGAUUCUACUGGAAGAAGUAAAAGCAGGGAAAAACUUGAGAGGGUUAAAAAAGGAAGGAGGAACAAUGUGUGGAGAAUGCACACACUAUAAUGUUGUCUAUUCUCAUUGAUCAUUGAUCAGCUUUUGGUAGGCAACUAAAAGGUGGAAAUACCCCUCACAAGUGAUCGGUCAUAUGUUGCAGCAAAUAUUGCAAACUGGAUUAGAUUUGAUAACCUAAUAAGAUAAAUUUAAGGUUCAUUAUAAGAUUAGAUAUGGUGACAUGUAAUAGAGACCAGUGGAUGCCUCGGUAAGUCCCAGAUUUGCAAGCAAUAGCUGGAUAAAAAAAGGCUAAUUUUUUGAUGGAAAAGAACAUAUUUAUCUAUGAAAAGCAUAGCAUUUAGAAGUAACAAAUUUGACCUCUUUACUUUUCUCCAUGGAAGGUGGAGGCACAUAGUGUUUAAAGAGGUUUUGGUACUAGUUGCAAAAUGAGGAAGUGUAUAAACUUUGUAUCUUGGGGGUGUUUUUUUUUUUUUUUGUGUGUGUGUAUGUAUGUGGGUCCGUGGUUGGAUGGGGGGGAUUAAAGAUGAUAGGUGGUUUGGGUAUUAACUAUUUUAAGGUGUGCUACUAGGACUUUUUGGGCGUAUCACGGUGAAAAAUUUGCAGUUUACUACUUGGAAGAUAUCAUGAGAAUAAAUUUUGUAUGUCUGUUAAAGUUGUUAAGUUUAAAUUGCAGGGCUGGUUCUGAAUUUAGGUCUUCUUGCUUCUAAAAGGGAAGGAGGGUUGAGCAUAUGCCAUUCUUUGUAUGCAUAAGAUGACGUGAUUCCAUUGUCAUAGUGAAUGUGCUUUUUUUUUUUUUUCUGAAUAUCAUUAUCGGCAUACUAGACUUAAAGUAGUGAUACAUGUUUAUGAAGGUACAUUGGAACACCUUAUGGCAUUGUUGGAUGCUUGAUAAUUGUCUCCAUAUCAUACAACAUAGAGCUUUCCAUUUUGCCAAGGAGAAGAGAGAUUGGCACUGUAUUUGAUUCCUUGGUCCAAAACUUUUGGGAUUUCAGAGAUCACCUUUAAAUGGAUUACAGUAUUCGAUGUAUGGAUGUAAUCAUUGACUUUAACUUCAACUUAAAUAUGAUGCUCUUAAAUGUUUCCCCCAUGAAGAUGCGAGAUAUCCUUUGUAUAAACGGGGCAUCCAAAAACACUUGUAAUUAUAACAUGCUUCAUAAGCAAUAGCAUGAGUGGUAUGAUCUUUCUUUCCA